AUGUCAAAGGGUAUUGAUUUAAAAGGUUCAACGAGAACCAUAUCUGAAUUCUUUGAGUAUAGCAUCAACUCUAUUUUGUACCAAAGAGGAAUCUAUCCUGCAGAAGAUUUUACAACAGUCAAGAAAUAUGAUUUAACACUAAUGAGGACUCAUGAUGAUGAAUUAAAACAAUAUAUUAGAAAGAUUCUAUCACAGGUUCAUAAAUGGUUAUUAAGUGGUAAAUGCAAUAAACUAGUGCUAUGUGUAGUGGAUAGAGAUGAAGGGGAUACUGUUGAAAGAUGGGCCUUUAACGUCACUCAUAUAAGCAAAGAGCCACAAGAAAGUAUAACGGAAGAAGUUACUCCAAUAUCGCAAGAAGAAACGCAAAAGCAAAUUAGAGCUCUCAUAAGGCAAAUUACAGCAAGUGUGACAUUUUUACCAGAGUUAGAAAAUGAAGGCAACUAUACAUUCAAUGUAUUAGCUUAUACAGAUGCAGAUGCAAUUGUACCUUUAGAAUGGUCGGAUUCUAGCAGUAAAGAGAUAGAAGAUGGCGAAAUGGUGGAAUUUCGAAGUUUUAACACAGAGAUGCAUAAAAUUGGUGCUCAAGUGAGUUAUAAGUACCAACAAUAA